AUGCUCUUGACUUUUAUUUCGACAAUUAUUCUUCAGUAUCAACGACUCACCGGAAAUGAAAUUGUUACCUAUUUAUGUCAUCUACAGAAGAACAGGAAACUUUUGUAAACAAAACCUGAGAGAAUAAUCGUCAAAGGAGGUUCCACAUUUUGUUUUAAAGUGGACACCCUAGUGGACUGAACAAAAGUUCAUUCAGUAAGGUGUUUAUGCGAACUAGGUACUGAUGACAAAGGAUUAUCUUCGAGGAAAAGGAAAACGUAUUGAAUACGAUUCCUUACAGACUCAAAAAGUGUUCUCACACUUGCACGACAUUUGCCUUAUUCUAUCAUUAAAAUGCUUUGAGUAACCGUUGUCAGAAGCGCUUAGAUAGGGGCGACCUUAGAUUCUGUCAGCUUCCUAAUACAUUAUAAAUGACAUAUUAUUGGCAUAAUUAACUUGCGUAGCACGCAUAAUCUAAACAAAUCGGUAUGCGACUCCUGUUGGUCAUGCAUUGCGUGGCAGGUUGCUCCGACUGUCUGGAACAAGAAAGGAAACGUUUUGUUGUCCAAAGCGAUAUCACCCGCUGUCAUUUUUAUAAUUGGGUGACAUCAAAGUAAGCAGGCUUGGCGUUGCAGGGAUGUCGAGCUUAAAGCUGAUUUCAGCAACUGAUACCCAGUUUCCUGCAUCAGUGCUGAAGUCGAUCAAUGAACAGAGAAAUAAUGGAUUGUUCUGUGAUGUCACUAUCAUUGUCCAGGAUCGUAAAUUUAAAGCACACAAGAUAAUGUUGUCAGCAUCCAGUACUUACUUUCGACAGCUCUUCUCUGUUGCUGGACAGGUGAUUGAGUUGAAUUUUAUCAAGUCAGAAAUAUUUGAGGAGAUUUUAAAUUAUAUCUACAGCUCCAAAAUCAGUAGAGUCCGCUCUGACAAACUUGAGGAUUUGAUUUCAGCUGGCCAAAUUUUGGGUGUAAAGUUCAUUGCAAAUUUAGGUGUGCCACUCUCUCAGGUAAAGGGCUUACCUGGCUUGUCAAAAGAUGUCGACGGCAGUGGCUCUAGCUCAGAGAAGAAUGAAUCUGGCACAAAGACCAUGCCCAUUAUCACAGAGUCAUUUUCCCUUUCUGCAGAAGAAUUCAAUAUGUCCAGUGGCAGUGCUGACAAAGAGGCAGACAAUGAUGAUGUUCUGUUUGUUUCCACAUCAGAGCCACCAAAGGGAAGUUCCAAUAGCAAAUCCUCUGAAAUUAUAGAUGUAGAUGCUGAGGAGGGACACUCUAAAAAAGGGGGGAGCGAGCCAUCUAAGGAAGUAGAUCAGGAUGCCUCAAAAGAGUUGGAGGGAAAGGAGAAGGAUCCCAUGACUGGGAAGGCAGAUGGAGGGAAAGUGUCUCUGCAGAGGAAAAGUCCCUCCCAGCGAGAGCCUGUGUCCCUCUCGGGGCCCCUGAUGUCUCCAGACAGCAUCACCAGUGUUCCCAGCUCUCCCGGAGGAUCCUCCAGUCACAGCCAGCCCACCACACCAGUGCGCACAAACAGCCUCACGUCUGAGCUCCACAGCCCUUCCCUGCCUGUCGAUAAUAAUGAAGUCCUUGGAGUUCAGAAGAAGAAGGUGACCACUAUACUAGAGCAAUCUCCAGACCGACAGGGCAAAAUUCAACUGUCUGAUGUGCGGGUGCCUGUUGGGGCCAAAAACAGCCCUGGCGUGAGCAUCCCCCAAACUGUUGUUCCGGCCAAAAAGACAAUAACGUUAGACAAAGCUUCAGAGAUUGACUCGCUGUCUACAGGAUGCAAGGUGUACGCCAACAUUGGAGAGAACACCUAUGACAUCGUCCCAGUCAAAGAGGAUCCUGGAGAAGGGGACUCAAGAGCCGGUGUUGGCAGGAAGUCCACUCAUGGCACAGGAGACGCAUCUAACCUCUCACCCCGUGGCCCCGGAAAAAAGAAAGCAAAGAUGGAGUCUGAGGAUCACUACGAGCUCAUCAUGGAUGGCAAGACCUUUUAUGUGUGUAUUGUCUGCAAGCGACCAUAUGUGUGUCUGACAAGUCUCAGACGGCAUUUUAAUACCCAUUCCUGGGAGAAGAAGUACCCAUGCCAUUAUUGCGACAAAGUCUUUGCCUUGGCAGAGUACAGAACGAAGCAUGAAAUCAGCCACACUGGUGAGCGCAGGUACCAGUGUCUGCUGUGCAGCGAGACAUUCAUGAACUACCAGCUGCUCUCCUCCCACUGUAAACAGACCCACAACCAGGACCCAUCCGGCAGGAAAGAGAAAGAUGACAAUGAAAACAACUUGUACCGUCUCCUGCCCUGUAAGACUCUGCAGUUCAAGCCCUACUCUUACGUGUCUGAGAACGCAGGGGGCAUUCCGGUCAUCAACGAGGAAGGCAUUGUUCAGCACAUCAAUCCUGGGAGGGCACACUUUGCCAACCAAGCACUUCAGCCCUCAGGCCAGAGUAAGAUUCUGAGCUGGGAUGACAUCUUUGUGGAGCCAGAUGCUCAUACAAGACCUGGGGCACAUGCCCGACCCUUAGUGCACCCGCGCCCUGGUGCCAACGCCGAGAGCUCAUCAGAGUUUGAGUUUGUCAUACCAGAGACGUACUGAGGUGAAGGGUUCCCUGCUCUGGGACGGGUGUGCCUUCCUCGUAAGAGUUUCUUUUGGGAAUCAUGUUUGUGGGUCCACUUUUAGUUUGACGUUACUAUAUGACUGUUCAGCAGUAGAUUGAGAAUUCAACAUGGACAUCAGACAUAAGCACCGUGACUAAUGUCAUGUUACUGUGUCCUCAUUUACAUGGAAUCAUGUAUUGUUAGAUGAACUGUGACAAGCAAGUAACUCCAUGACACAAUUAAUGCCAUGUUCUGAAAGGGUACCAAAUGCCAUUACUUAGUCUGCUGUGUGGCCUCUCAUCCUGAGUACUGUUGACACUUUCAUACUUUUAUACCGG